AUGCGAUGCGCGAGCAAGGCCGCCGAGAGCGCGUCUGCACGUCUCUGUGCGGACGCCGAUGCAGAAACAACAGCAACUGAUGUGUCAUCGGUUGCUGAAGCGACUCAGCCUGUGUCACCUGGUGAUGCAGGCGCUCGUCCUGAAGACACUCCUGUCUUCACAGAGUAUGAGCUUGGUGUCUCAUACUCUCCCGAUACGGAAGAUGGAUCUGUAUCGAUGGCGAUUGAAUCCAAGCCGCCUGCCAAGCGUGGCAUGGAUGAUGCUAUACAUCGUAGCAUCUUUGGUUCAUCUGACGAAUCAGAUGAACCAUCGCCGAAGCAAAGGCGCUGGAGGUCGCAAGACUCGGGCGCUCACAGUGUUGUCGGUUCUCCAAUUGACACCACUUCGCAACGAGGUGCCAGUACUUCUGUCGGCACGUCGCAGGAAGAGCGGGACCGCAGUGUGUUGCGUCUCGCUCCCGAGAAGAAGGCAUGGAUGCCUCCCAAAUCAGUCAUGGAUCACUUGUCGGCGACGACGAGUGAUCGUUAUCGAACACGAUUGUUCGAUUCGUCAAGGAUUCAUCACCUUGACCCCAGCGCGAAAAACUAUCGCGCUGAACAAGAAUUCCUCAUCGAUGCUUUCUUUAGACAUCGAUGGUACAGUGGGAAUCACAAACGUGAUGGUCCCUCACUACUUCAGGCGUGGAACGCCUACAUCCAUAAACUCGAGGAUGUAGGUCGUGACGCUUGGAACGACAAACUCAUCAAAGCUCGUGAUAAGUUUGAAAAGCGAACCCCGAAAGCACCUAAGGAGGCUUACCUCCCUAAUAGCCCGUGGUGGCGCGUACGUAUCUCUAUUGAGAUGUACGAAGGGAUUGACAACUUGAAAUCCCUUUACGACCGUGCCGGGAAGACUUUCUCCGGCGGUCCUUCUGCGGCACAGGAUGUGCCGCGUCGUACUGCUCAACCAGACCCAGUACGUCAAUCAUCAGUUGGGAGCGGGGCUCCCAAGUAUCCCAGGACGGGGGAUAGCCGCGCCACCGGACGAGAUAACUCGUCCGACGUCCGUUCACGUCGCGGUGGUUCAACAGCUGCUCAACUAGAUAGCGCUGGCCACCGCGAGAGUCCUCUAAUGGAGGUGGAGGAGGAGGAAAGACGCUCUCCACACGAUCAUGUGGAUCGGUGUGUUCCCGAGAGCUUCUUUGAUCGCGUAACGCAAGGGUUACGCGACGAUCUCGAGCAUGAGCGGAAUAGGCGUCUCCAAAUGGCGGACACUGCCUCGAAGCAUCGAGCUGAGUUUUCCUUUGCUCAGCUUGAGAACGAGAGAUCUCUGACAUCUCUUCGUGACGAGCUAAGGGUAGCUCGUGGGAUUGCUGAUCGGUCUCGGGAUGAGAUAGAUGCUCUUCAGACCCUUGUUGAUGCCCAACAUCGGGAGCACAAGGCUCUCUGCGAGAUGCUUGAGCGCAAGGGCGUUCUUCAUCGGAAGAAACAGCGUACUGAUGGUACGGCUUAA